AUGACACUAAGCGAGCGCCCCUAUCCCCACUCCAUCCCCUCCAUUCCACGAACUUUUGGACCUCCCCUCGUAAAGGAAUUAGGAAUCGUAGCGUACAAUUGUUCCUGUCUUGCGACUGAUCUAGCAAAGAUAUUUGAAGUUUACUGGACUCUGGGAAGCCCAGAUGCGGUGGUGCCUGACACAUGGCCUAAGGAACUAAGUACCGAGAUUAAUAUGGAGCAUCCUAUCAAUAUUUCGGAUGACCAAAGCAACUAUGGGGUGUUUAUAACGAGUUCCCCACCGCCUUUUAGUCCAGCUGGUCGAACUAAUGAUGACGACGCGAUUGUUAACAUCAUUCACUCGGCGGAGGAAUUCGUUUAUAUAUCUGUUAUGGACUACGCUCCGGCGUUUGAGUUUACGCCGCAACCAAAAUACUGGCCAAAAAUCGACGACGCAUUGCGAGCAGCGGCUUUAGAUCGUCACGUCCGCGUGCGCAUGUUGAUAAGCUGGUGGCGCCACUCCUCGCCCGCCGAAGAACAUUAUUUACGCUCUCUGGCUGCGCUUAACCAGGCCUUGCCGCAUCUUGAUAUUCAAGUGCGCCGUUUCAUAGUGCCAUCUACCCCGGACCAAGACAAGAUUCCAUACGCGCGAGUGAACCACAACAAAUAUAUGGUGACAGACAAAACAGCGUAUAUAGGAACGUCGAAUUGGUCAGCCGAUUAUUUCGUUGACACUGCGGGGGUGGCUUUUGUAUACAAACCGGAAAUGGAAAAUAAAGUUAGAAAUGGCAGCGACAUCCGGCGAGAUUUACAGGAACUAUUCGAGAGGGAUUGGACGUCUCCUUAUGCGGUACCUUUGAGGAAUUUAUAG